AUGGUAAAGGUGUUCGGUCACGUGAUCAGGACAGAGGGGCAGGUGUUUGAUUCUCUCUCUGCAGUGCCGAAGCUCCGCCUCCAGGAUGCUCUCAGCUCCUUUGAUUGGACAGUAGGUGAGACGAAGAUCCUGAAGCUGAAGAACCUUCGUCCUCAGGACUACGCCGACUACACCUGCAUCGCCUCCGUCAGGAACGUCUGCGGCAUCGGAGACAAGACCGCCCACUUCCGCCUGAACAACAGGACAGCUCCUCCCUCCAUUAAGCUCCUCCUGGACGACCCCCUCGUGGUGAACCCGGGGGAGACGAUCACUCUGGUGUGCGUGGCGUCGGGCGGAGACCCUCAGCCCACCCUGAGCUGGGUGAGACCGGGAGGGGAGGAGCUACCGAAGAGGAGCGUUGUCAGCAGGGGCACGCUGACCAUCCCCGUCGUCACCGUGGACGACGGUGGCGCCUACAGCUGCGUGGCGUCCAACAGCGUGGGCAACCCUGCCAAGAAAUCCACCACCAUACUUGUCAGAGGCCUUCGUAAAGGUCGGUUCUGGAUCACGCCCGACCCGUACCACAACGACGACAACAUCCAGAUCGGCCGGGAGGUGAAGAUCAGCUGCCAGGUGGAGGCCACGCCGCCCGAGGAGCUGCAGUUCAGCUGGCUGAAGAACGGCCGGCCGCUGAGGAGCUCCGAGCGGAUGGUGAUCACCCACACCGACGCCGACGUCUCGCCGGGAACCACCAACCUCGACAUCAUCGACCUCAAGUUCACCGACUUCGGCACUUACACCUGCGUGGCGUCGCUGAGGAACGGAGGGACCCCCGAGAUCAGCAUCGACGUCAACAUCUCAUCCACCACAGUUCCUCCGGAGCUCACCGUCCCCAGGGGGCGCUCUCACCUCAUCGCUCAGGAGGGCGACACUGUGGACCUGCAGUGUCUGGUCUCAGGGAAACCCAAACCCAUCAUCCUGUGGUCCCGGGUGGAGGAGAGCGGGGGGGCGGCGGCGGUGGCGGCGGCGGCUCUGAUGCCGGACGGCUCGGCUGAGACGGAGAGCUACGACGGCGUCCUGAGGAUCAGCAACGUGACGAGAGAGAUGAGCGGGACGUACCGCUGCCAGACGAGCCAAUACAACGGCUUCAACGUGAAACCCAGGGAGGCGCUGAUCCAGCUGGUGGUGCAGUUCCCUCCCAACGUGGAGCCGGUGUUCACGGAGAUCCGUCAGGCUCUCGGUCGAGCGUUCAGCCUCACAUGCCGCCUGCUGCGAGCUCACCCCGCCCGCCUCCUGCGAUACGAGUGGAAGCUGGGCUCCCGCCUCCUCACCGUCGGACAGUUCAGUGACCAGCGCGACGACACCAACUACCUGGUGAAAGCUCUGAACCGAGAGGGCUACGGCGAGUACACCUGUGACAUCACCAACGAGGCCGGGGCAGGGCGCUGCACCUUCCUGGUCACAGGGAAGGCCUACGCCCCAGAGUUUUACUACGACACCUACAGCGCCCUGUGGCAGAACAGACCUCGAGUCUACGGCUUCAAGCUGCAGUGGACUCAGAUGGAGCCCAACGCCGUGGACCGGAUCCUGGCCUACAGACUCGGUAUCAGACAGAUGGGUCAGUCUCGCUGGUGGGAGCAGGAGAUUCCCAUGGAGGGAAACAUCCAGAAGGGGGAGCUGUUGACCUACAACCUGACCGAACUCGUCAAACCUGAGUCCUACCUGGUCCGUCUCACCCCCAUCACCCGCUACGGAGAGGGCGACGCCACCGAACGCAUCAUCACCUACAGCGCUCCCGUAAACCCACAUCUCAGGGAGUUCCAGUGUGGUUUCGAGGACGAGGCGUUGUGUUUGUUCUCUCAGGACAAAACAGACGAGUUCGACUGGACGCGUCACAGCGCCUCCACACGAGACACCAAAUACACCCCGAACACCGGCCCGAGCUCCGACCACACCGGCUCCAAGCAGGGUACACCCAGAACCACCCAGAACCACCCAGAACCACCCAGAACCACCCAGAACCACCCAGAACCACACAGAACCACACAGACCCACCCAGAACCAUCCAGAACCACCCAGAACCAUCCAGAACCACACAGAACCACCCAGAACCACACAGAACCACACAGAACCACCCAGAACCACCCAGAACCAUCCAGAACCACCCAGAACCACCCAGAACCCCCCAGAACCACACAGAACCACACAGACCCACCCAGAACCAUCCAGAACCACCCAGAACCAUCCAGAACCACACAGAACCACCCAGAACCACACAGAACCACACAGAACCACCCAGAACCACCCAGAACCAUCCAGAACCACACAGAACCACCCAGAACCACCCAGAACCACACAGAACCCCCCAGAACCACACAGAACCACACAGACCCACCCAGAACCAUCCAGAACCACCCAGAACCAUCCAGAACCACACAGAACCACCCAGAACCACACAGAACCACACAGAACCACCCAGAACCACCCAGAACCAUCCAGAACCACACAGAACCACCCAGAACCACCCAGAACCACACAGAACCCCCCAGAACCACACAGAACCACACAGACCCACCCAGAACCAUCCAGAACCACCCAGAACCAUCCAGAACCACACAGAACCACCCAGAACCACACAGAACCACACAGAACCACCCAGAACCACCCAGAACCAUCCAGAACCACACAGAACCACCCAGAACCACCCAGAACCACACAGAACCCCCCAGAACCACACAGAACCACACAGACCCACCCAGAACCAUCCAGAACCACCCAGAACCAUCCAGAACCACACAGAACCACCCAGAACCACACAGAACCACACAGAACCACCCAGAACCACCCAGAACCAUCCAGAACCACACAGAACCACCCAGAACCACCCAGAACCACACAGAACCCCCCAGAACCACACAGAACCACACAGACCCACCCAGAACCAUCCAGAACCACCCAGAACCAUCCAGAACCACACAGAACCACCCAGAACCACACAGAACCACACAGAACCACCCAGAACCAUCCAGAACCACACAGAACCACCCAGAACCACACAGAACCACACAGAACCACACAGAACCACACUAA